GUGAUACAGAGCAAGUCGGUGGUCGAGGAUCAGCGGCAGUCCGGUGAUCGGCGGCGAGGAUCCGACAAUCCGGUGGUUGGCGGCGAGGUAUUCGACACGUACAGGGAAGAGAUGAGGGAUGGUGGUCAUAAUGGUAGGAACAUAUGUGGUCGGGGUGGUUUUGGUGAGCAAAAGGUGCUUCGGUAUACUGAAUGGAAACGAUACAACAAUGUGGAAUCCUGCUAACGAUGUUCACCUGCCUGCUAUGUUCAAUGGUAACCUUCUGCUAGGUUCAAUGUGCUUGUAAUUCAUCUUCAUUUAUGGGUACCCGCGGGUACCCAUUAUCCGUCCCGUACGGGUAAUGGGUACCCGUUUCCCAUAUGGGUUUGGGAUAUGGGAAGGACUUUGACCUCCAAAUGGGACUGGGUACCCGUUUAAAACGGGACGGGUAUCCCGUCCCGUCCCGUUGCCCACCCCUAGGCUAGGAGGCCAGUUGUGUGACUGUAACAAACCUCCUACGUAAUAGGCUGCUGGUUUUUUGUUUUUGUGUUGAUUGACGGAGCUAGAGGAUUCAAUGUUGGUGUAUAGAUGUUUGGUAACUCGAUAAAAACAAGAAGGUUUGACGAAAGGGC